GGUCACGAUUUCCGCUUCCCUCCUUCAGAAAACACCCGCACCCGCCCGCGCCCCGCGCCCGCCGCCAUGGAGGAGCCGGGGGCCGCCGAGCCGCCGCCCGGGCCGCGCCCGCUGCUGCUGCCCGCGGAGCUGCUGCGCUCCCGCAAGGGGCGGCUCCUGCUCGCCGAGUCGGUGCUGUCAUUUAUCAUCUUUAUCUGCUAUAUUGCGUCUCAAGCUACCUCUUUCAUGAUGGCACCGCUCCUUGAGUUUCUGCUGGCACUGUUUCUUUUUUUUGCCUACGCUUCCAAACUUAAUGAGAAGUUUAAAGGACUCUACUGGCCUUUGAUGGAUUUCUUGCGGUGUGUCACUGCUGCCAUUAUUUACUUUGCCAUUUCAAUUGCUGCUGUCUCAAAAUAUACCGAUGGAGCAUCAAAAGCAGCAGGAGUGUUUGGAUUUAUAGCCACGAUCGUGUAUGCCAUUGAUUUCUACAUAACCUUCAAUGACCUGGUUGCUUUUCUCAAGCAAGGCAGUUCUGAUUCCCCUGAAGGGCACAAGUCAGAGGAUGAGGACUCCAAUUCUGACUCGGACUGAAGAACUGAGCAGCAAGCAAGUGUGAAGGGAAGAUCAUCAGGCACUUUCCUCUUUGCCAAAUGCACUGCCAAUUGAAAUAUCUCCCUUAUUUCAACCUUGAUAUUCUCUUUCCACCUCACUGUUUACAGAAUAUGAAAGCACAAAUAGGGCAGUGAUGUGGAAGAGGAGACUAUUCCCAAUGCCAUUAGACAAUCCUUCAGAACUACACAUUUUAUGGUAGUUCAACCUCUCCCAGAGGUCUGUAUCGGGACAACACAUCUCGAUUCUCCAUUGCCCAUCCUUCCUCAGCACUGCGAUGUACUGAGUAAACAGGAUCAUAAUAUUUUAAUCAUGUAAGUGGAACUUUUAGUAUGCUUUAUUAAUUCCAAAUCUGUAACACUUAAAGCUUUUAUACUUCUUGCUGUGCCAAAGAAGAGAGGCUUGGAAUGCCUCUACUUUAUUUGUAUUUUUCUUGAUUAACUAACAGUAUUUCUUUAUCUGAAGUCUGAAUAUUCCACCAUCUCAAGCACUGAAGGCAUAGGUUACAGCUGACAGGUUGGUUUCAACACAUUUAUAUUUACUGCCUAUCUAUCUGCAACAAGAAAAAGUGACA